CGCGCAUAAGAAAGUGAGAAUGAUAAAAAAAACAGAGGGAGUAUAUCAUAAAUUUUUUGUCAAAGUACAUGAAUAGCGUAAAAGUCAAAAUAUUACAAGUUAAAAAGAACGAGGUAAGUAUAAAUUAUGUAUGAAUUUUCAUGCUUAUUAUAGUUCAUAUGUAAAAUACUAGCCUUUAUAUGCACGCGAUGCAUGCAAAACAUGUAGAUUAAAUUAAUUGUGUUAUUACAUCUAAAAUAAGAGAAUUUUAAAUUUUUAAUCCAUUUGUCCCACUAAAUCAGGGAGUUUUAGAUUUUUCCAAAAAUCUAGUGAAUAGGUAAGUAACUGAUUGUGUCAUAAAAUUUCGUUGUUUUAUCUUUGUUGUGUCUUUCUUAUCUUUUUUUUUUUAGUUUUUCUAAUAUUAGGUAGUUACGUCAUUUUUUUCCUUUUUAAAUUUUUUCGUGUCCCACCCAUGUUGCCUUAUAUAAUAGAUAUUAAAUUUAAAUAAUGAUUUUAAUUAAUGAUUAUAUGAAUUGUAGAUAGGGCUGAUAAGUUCUGAUAAAUUAAGUUGUGUGCUAGUAAGUUUACUUAGGUUUAUUGUAAGGUCAAUAUGGGCUAUCCAUGGUCAUUUCACAAAUUGCUAUGAAGUUCUAGUAAGCCAAUAGGUUUGGAUAAAUUAAGACAUGUUAGAUUAUUUAAGUUUAGGACAUAUAAGUUUAGAUCUUAGACCUUUUAAAAGUUGGAGUUCAAACACUAUUCAAAUGAAUAGUGUUCUGAGUCACAAAAUGGUGAAAUUCACUAUUCCUUUUGGUGUCAUGUGCUGCUCACAUGUUCUAUCUAAGUUGCAUGGCACGCAUCAGGCACGUGGUUGCUGGCUUCUCAUUCUCGCAGGUUCUCUAAUUUUCCCGCACCAAUUUUUUCCGAUGUUCUUCGCUUCUCUUUCUUCUCCACUUCUAAUCUCUCACACUCACAACUCCACAAAUCUACAAAUCUACAAUCUACAAUCUACAUCUACAAAUCUACAAAUCUACAAAAUGGUGAAAUUAACUAUUCCUUUUGGGUUUCAAUGUUUGCUGUUGAGUUUUUGGUUCUCUCGGAUUUCUGGGUGUUCUCAAGCAAGACGCUGGCGGUGUGUUCGGUGUGCAGGUGAAAUGGAGCUCGAAUUGUGUUUAAAUGGGUCCUAUCUGAUCUCCGUAUAUCAGCUGUAGCUAAACUGCAAGGCAAUUCCUGGUUUUAAGCAUGUCGCUCAGUUCAAUGCGCAUCCCAUUCCAGCCUCUGCUAAAGCAGAUUACUGAAUGCCUGAGCUUCCAGGUCCCUGCCUAUGGUGUUCUAGACUCAUCUAAGAACAACGCUUGUGUAGCUGUGAGGCCGGAGUGUGGCCCGAUUGCUUAUGUGUAUGUUGGUGGUGAGGCUACUACCUUAGAUGAAUCGUGCGACAGAGCUGCUGAGAAAGCUGUGCAUGACCUCAUUAGUAAAUAUGGUGUCCAUGUUGAGGACUUCACAGCUGGGAAAAAACGCAUGUUUGAUAGAUGUGGCCACCUUUAUAGACUUAAGAGGGUUGAACUAGAAGGUGUUGAGAAAGGGUUCCCUUCAGGGAUGCCAUUAGAAGUUGAACACCUAAAUGCUUCCAGUUCUGUUUGGCACACUACACUUGACUACAUGAGUGUCUUACCUAUGGUGGUCAAGCACACUCAAGCUCUGUUAACUCCAUUAGAAAGCAUAUGCUUUGUUGGUGUUAAGCACACUUCGUGGCAGACAAUUACAUGCCCUCACAGUGCACAUGGAACAACAUGUAUCUUUGGAAAUGCCUGUGCUUCGUUGGCUGAAUCCAAACAAAGUGUUGCAAAGAAGGCAAUCACUUUUAUGAUGCAUACAUAUAACUUUUCUAUAAUUGAUGCUAACUACAAAGCUGCUGACUACACAUCUAUUCUGUGUGCUCUUGAAAGAGAAAGCUACUUAACUACCAAAGAGCGUGUGCUAAACAUCCAAGAACCUAUACAGCCUAGCCCUCUGGUUGUGGAUCAAGAUUGCUUGACUCCGCGCGGCAAACAAUUCCAGAUACCUACGAUGGUAUCACCUCCUUUCCCACCUAAGAAGCGUAAAGCCAGGUCAUCAUUCGGCAGCGUGCCAAGUACUAGCAAAAACUCUGCAGUCCCUCUCCUUUGUAUUCCCUCUGAGCUUGAAACUGUUAUGAAGCGCAUCAAGAAAGAUGGAUGCUAGGCCUCUCAGCUGUCUAUGUUGUUAGGAAUUAGUUUAAAUGGGUGCUUGUACUUGCUCUUUUGUAUUAGGGAAAGGAACUCAUGUUUUAUGCUUGCCACUUUAACAGUUGCUUAGAGACAUGUCUUAGUCUUUGCCACUAUGUUAGUUAU